GACAUCGGUGGGCUCAGCCUCCGGGUCGCUCUCCGAGAGGCACUCCCGCCGAGGCAGCCUCUUGGAGGACUUCCGGCAGAUGACCGACGCGGCCAACUCGAGGGCUGCGGCGCUGCCCGGGUCGCAAGGCUGGCGGCGCAGCGUGAGGUUCCUGGUGAAGCUUCUGGUGGGAGGCACCAACAUGGCGCUGAAGAUCAGCGCAUUGGCCAUCUACUGGGACGCCCAGGAGUUCAAGAUCUUUGGCGUGCAGCUGGCUACCCAGCUGACGGAGAUCAUCCUUUCAGUGGUCAUCACGUUCAAGGACGUCGACGUCCGCAGGCUGCUGGUCGGCACCCCCGCGCUCCUGCGGCCGCUCGUCUUCCUGGCGUGCCUCGUCGGGCUGGGCCUCCUGCAGUUCAUCCACGUGAAGCGCGCUUGGGCGCGGCAGCUCCACGUGGCCCAGCUGAUCGCCAGCCUGAAGGACCAGGACUUUCUGUGGACGGGGCCCGCGCUGGGCGCGGAGCCCGCGGUGCCCAUAGAGCAGCAGCAGCAGCAGCAGCAGCAGCAGCAGCAGCGGCCGGCGACGGAGAAGGAGACGGAGAAGGUCUGA